AGGCGACCGUUUCACUAACAAAUCGCAAAUCGUAAACGUACGAUAACGUUUACGAUCGCCACACGUACACGUAAACGAGCGUUUCACUAAACCUAUCGUAAACGUAGCACUUACGACCGACGAGUUACGAUCAACUUAUUGGAACUCUUCUGACAAAGGAGGUAACUGUAGUUACAGCAGACGAUUUAUGUCAACAAUCAUCGCAAUAUGGAAGAGAGGAAAGCUAACUGGUCCGAGGUAGCUAUUGAGACGCUGGUGGACCUCGUCACAGAUUCUGAGCGAUGGGCUGUAAUCCGAGGGAAGUUUAGCCCAGCGCUUACAAUCCACACAAAACAGAAAGUCUGGAUUGACAUAACUGAAAGGGUUAAUGCAAGCUCCACCUGCAUCAGAGCAGUCAAGGACGUGAAGAAAAAAUGGCAGGAUAUCCAGAGCCAUACCAAGAAAAAGGAGGCCAACAGGAAAGCUGAGCUCAGAAAGACUGGAGGAGGACCACCUCCUCCAGAACUGAAGAAUUGGGAAAAGAAGAUCGUAUCUAUCCUCUCAGAAGAUGUCAUUUCUGGUGUAGAUGGGGGGGGGGGGGUUGACUCUUUGUGCACAGCAAGUUUUCCAACAGAUAAAAAAAAUACUCAAUCCGGACAGGACCUACCAGUGUCAAAGAGGAGAUAUGAGGAAGCAAAUCUUGAACCUGCAAUGGGGAUGGAAGCACCAUCAUCAUCUUGUUUCCCGUUCUAUCAUCUUUCGAGUUUUUAG